CUUGACGUCAGCGGGGGCUGAGCCGCGGUCCCGGCCGCGCCGUCAAAGCCGUGCGAGAGCCCGGUGGAUGCUGGAGUCAUCCCCGCCGCCACCGCCACCGCCGCCGCCGCUGCUGCUGAAUCCCAGGGGCUGCCAGAGCAUGGACUGUUAAAAACUUGCAUUUCUGCAGUGUGAGGUAAUACUUUAACUCCAAUAUGGGAAAGCAAAACAGCAAACUACGCCCUGAAGUCAUGCAAGAUUUGCUAGAAAGUACAGACUUUACAGAACACGAAAUCCAGGAGUGGUACAAAGGCUUCUUGAGAGACUGUCCAAGUGGACAUUUAUCUAUGGAGGAGUUUAAAAAAAUAUAUGGAAACUUUUUUCCUUACGGGGACGCUUCUAAGUUUGCAGAGCAUGUAUUCCGCACUUUUGACGCCAACGGAGACGGAACAAUAGAUUUCAGAGAAUUCAUCAUAGCCUUGAGUGUAACGUCGAGAGGAAAACUGGAGCAAAAGCUGAAGUGGGCAUUCAGUAUGUACGACCUUGACGGGAAUGGCUACAUCAGUAAGUCAGAGAUGCUGGAAAUCGUGCAGGCAAUCUAUAAGAUGGUUUCUUCUGUAAUGAAGAUGCCAGAAGAUGAGUCAACCCCAGAGAAGAGGACCGAGAAGAUCUUCCGUCAGAUGGACACCAACCGUGACGGAAAGCUCUCUCUGGAAGAGUUCAUCCGAGGCGCCAAGAGUGAUCCGUCCAUAGUCCGUCUCCUGCAGUGUGAUCCCAGCAGUGCCGGGCAGUUCUGAACCUGUACUUUGGAUGAAUUAUGUAUCUGCUUUUUUUUUUUUUUUCUUGCCAAACAACAUUCAUGGUAGUGUUGCCUCUGUAUGGCCAAUUAUGCCUUCAUUUGUGGCAUUUUAUAGCUUAUUUUGUUGUGGAUUAAUUAUAAGAAUGCUGAAUUGCUCUUAACACUUUGUCCAGAGCAUGGGCAGUACUGUUCUAAACAGAUAUUGUGGUGUUAUCAUUGUUUUUAAAA